CACCCUGUCACUCUCUGUGUCUCUGAGGUAUUUGUACUCCAUUAACAGGUGUACACAGUACGACAAGGAGGAAAACAAGUUCGUCGUCGUAGAACUUGUAUGGUUCUUUGAAAUGACGAUGAUCGGAUAAUGAACGUGUAUAGCUCAGUUUACGAUCUGAGUUCAUCUACUUAUCUUCCAAUCUUCAGAAGGUUUAGCUAUUUGAAUCGACGAACUGUCGCCUGUUCUCGUCGCUUUCACUGUAACGCGGCAAUGGAUGCCAGCAACAAUUCCACAGCAAGCGAGGGCUUCGAUUUCCUGACGCAAAAGCCCUACUCUCCUCCUACUUGGGCAUCUCAUCUCAAUCCAAUCCCCUCUCACAUCUUCUCGCUCGCUCAUGUACCAACUCCAAUUCACAAGUGGAACCUUCCGAAUCUUCCAAAAGGCACUGAGGUUUAUUUGAAGCGUGAUGAUCUUUCGGCCAUGCAAUUGAGUGGUAACAAAGUCAGGAAAUUAGAAUUCUUGAUGGCAGAUGCUGUGGCUCAGGGUGCUGAUUGUAUUAUUACAAUUGGUGGUAUCCAAAGCAAUCACAGCCGUGCCACAGCUGUUGCUGCAAAGUAUCUUAAUCUUGACUGCUAUCUUAUAUUACGCACAUCCAAGCUUCUUGUUGACGAAGAUCCUGGGUUGACGGGCAAUCUCUUGGUUGAGCGUUUUGUCGGAGCUCAUAUUGAUCUUAUUUCAAAGGAAGAGUAUGCAGAUAUUGGAAGCGUGGCUCUUACUAGCAUCUUAAAAGAAAAGCUGCUUAAAGAAGGGAGAAGGCCAUAUGUUAUUCCUGUUGGUGGCUCAGAUUCCCUAGGAACGUGGGGCUAUAUUGAAGCAAUCAGGGAGAUUGAACAGCAGCUUCAGAUUGGGACUGGGAAAGUCAAAUUUGAUGAUAUUGUUGUUGCAUGUGGCAGUGGGGGUACAACUGCCGGUCUGUCUUUGGGAUCAUGGCUGAGUACGUUGAAGGCAAAAGUUCAUGCAUUCUCUGUUUGUGACAGCCCUGAUUAUUUUUACGACUUUGUUCAAGACCUGCUUGAUGGACUUGAAGCAGGUGUUGACUCACGUGAUGUGGUCAACAUACAAAAUGCCGAAGGUAUGGGGUACGCAAUUAACACCACUGAGGAGCUUAAAUUUGUGAAGGAAAUUGCUUCAGCUACUGGUGUUGUUCUUGACCCAGUUUACAGUGGAAAAGCUGCUUAUGGAAUGUUGAAAGACAUGGCUGAAGAUCCAAAGAAGUGGGAAGGGAGAAAGAUCCUCUUCAUCCACACCGGUGGCCUUCUUGGGUUGUUUGACAAAGUUGACCAGAUGACUCCAUUGGUUGGGAAUUGGCGAAGGAUGAAUGUUCAUGAAUCCGUUCCUAGAAAGGAAGGUGUUGGGAAAAUGUUCUAACAGGGCCAAACAGAGUGUUUUCAUGUUGUCUACUUGUCUUGGUAGUUUAAAAUCGAAGUACAAUGUUCAAUUUUAUAUAGAAUUAUAAAAUUUAAAUAAGAAUAAGAAAGAAAAAAUAAAUUAUAUCUAA